GCAUGAAAGGAGGGUGCGAAGUUUGUGGCUAACAGAAAUGUCAGGAAACACUGAGCAUCAACCAACUGCCAAGACAAAGUAAAAUAAUUAACUAACAGGAGUUAAUUAACCAGCAUCUGAGCAUCUAAAACCAACAUAAUGAAGAGCUUUCUUCUACUCACCCUCACACUGAUGGCAGGCCGUGAAGCCUCAAGUGACAAACUGCCAUGUACAAAAGGAUGGGUCGAAUUCACCUGCAAGUAUCCUAAUAGAAAUAAAAAUUAUGCAACGAUUGAGGUACAUUAUCAACCAGAAACUGUACGCAGCACUGAAAAGGAUAAGUGGCAAAGUGUGGGCAGGUAUUUCCUGUACCAUGACACACAAAGUGAAAAACUCAGGGUGGCCAUCAAAAAAAUUCAAUAUGGGGACUCUGAUGACUACAAGUGUGUAUUUUUCCCAGGACAGCAUAAAACAAAAGUGAAAGGUGAGGAAAUGAGGUGUCGGAGACCACUGACUCAAACUGCGUACACAACAGCUAAAACCACCAUCACGUGUAAUAACCCAGCAAACGGCUACAGAUCCACUGCUGAGUUCUUCUGCAAAGAGGGCAGCUCCUCCUGUGGGGACCUUUUAUCAGACUCUUCUUCGAAGUCAAACGGGAGGUUCACUUUCACAAACACAGGCAGUGGCUUCACAGUGUCCAUCAGUAACGUGUCCUCACAGGAUGAGGGCGUCUACUGGUGUGGAGUCAAACCAGAUAAAGGAAGUGACAGUACAGGACUAACACAGAUACAACUGAAGGUUCAAAACAUUUCCACCUUCACAGCAUCACCAGCUGUUGGACAGGACCUCAUGUACUGGUGUGGUUACCACAGUGGUACUUAUGAAAAUAAAUUCAUCUGUAAGGGAGAAGAUCCAUCUACAUGUCAGCGUCUGGUGAGCACUAACCAGGGAAGUGUCGGCAGGAGGUUCUCCAUGAAAGACGAUAAGAGCCAGAGCAACAUCACUGUAACGGUGAGAAGAGUAACAGCAGACGACACUGGGACGUACUGGUGUGGAGCAGAAAGCACUGACAGUGGACACAGGAACCAGUUCCUCCACAGAUACCUGAUCACUGUAGGUGAGUGUUCAGACCACAGCUAUGCAGAGAUACAAGAGCACCCCCAGAAGCCAGCCUCAGGAACUGAACUGAAAACGGUUUAUGCCACUGUCAACCUUCCCCCAAAUCCCUCUGCCUUCAUGUUCUACUCUGAAGUCAACAGCUCUGGUGAAUUAGGCCAUCCAUGUCAUUUCUGUUUCCUGGCUGUGAACAAGCCUGAUCGUACUUGUUCUUCUCUGCCAGGAUCUCAGUGUUCGAGAAACACAGGACAUGGAGCACAGAACAACACAGAGGACCACAGCUAUGCAGAGAUACAAGAGCACCCCCAGAAGCCAGCCUCAGGAACUGAACUGAAAACGGUUUAUGCCACUGUCAACCUUCCCCCAAAUCCCUCUGCCUUCAUGUUCUACUCUGAAGUCAACAGCUCUGGUGAAGUCAGUGGGGACACAUAUUCUGCUGUGAGGGACGAUGGCCAGCACUGAACCUACUCGGCUGCCAAUCAUCCAACCAGGCUUUGUGAAGACGCUCUUGGUUCCACUGCCAACAGGCCACAGCAGCAAUGAAUGAAGCUUCUUUUUCAAAACCAGGCACAAAGAGAGCAGCGCAAACAGCAGCCAACAAGUCUAUUGAACUGUGUUGAAGAGACUGAAUUGUCUGCCUCGUGUUCCUUAUGUAAACUUUAUGUUCUGUACAAAACAUUCUGUGGUAACCUGUACCAUUUCACGCACGGCUAAUCCUGUGGCAGAGAGGCUCUGCUAAACAGACCGUAUUACAUCUUUGGUUUUUCCCUGUAUUCUAACAUGUCUUCAUCUAUUAAUAUAUUUAUCUUCAUGUUUUGUUGCUUGAUACUGUUAACAGCUUUUUUGUUGUUCUGCUGGUGGAGUGUAUUUAAGAAGAGAAAAAGAUUUAGGACACUAUUAACUUUGUUUAAUUCACCAAGGUUUAGUCACAGGCUUUCUGCUAGUGUUGUAGUCAAGACCACCUAAACGAGACCAAGACCAAGACCAAGACCGGAGUGUAUCAGGGCCGAGACAACCACUUAAAGUCUUGGUCUUGUUUCAGUGGUCUUCACUACAGCACUACUUUCUGCAUUGGUACACACCAAGUCCUGCAAUCAAACAGUGGAGUUUCACACAAGUCCAACAUCAACUAAGCCUCAAAAGGUACCACAGAACUGAACCAGCUCCCUGAGAUAAGAGUUAAUCCAGCAGCUACUUUGGACUGGACAGAGCACAGGUGUGCAUGUGACAAAUUACCUAAGCAUUCUUACAGCUGCUCUGUUAUUGCUUUAAUGUAUAUGCAUGGGUUUAGAGGACUGGUUGAUCUGAAUGAAAGAUGAGGCAUGGAUCUCUUAUCUUCACUUUUAACUAAAAUGCUAAGGUUUGGGCUUUAAUACACUGCAUUUAGAUUAAAAUAAAAGCUGGAGUCAGGACCAGUCAUGAAAAUGGUGCAGACUUACUAUCAUAGUAGUCUAAUAUACACAAACUCAGUGACAGUGGAAGAAGAAAGAGGAAGGAGAUAAGAAGAGGAUGGUUAACCUAAAAUAUUAACAGGAAACAUAGCUGCACAGACGCCGGAGAUGAAACCAACAAAUGCAAAGAGGAGUCGACACAAAUAGCUGGAGCUCAGUGAUCACACCGAAACUUCAGCUUCACAGAGGAACAACAUGAAGAGCUUCCUUCUUCUCGUCCUCUCACUGACGACAGGUUGUGAGGCCAAGUAUAAAGUGAAGGGAUGUACAGGAGCAUGGGUUGAAUUCACCUGCAACUAUCCAAAGUCAAAUUCUCAAAGUGUUGGCAUAGUUCAUAAUACACAAAUAACCAUACGAAGCACUAGGAAGAAUGAGUGGGAACACAACAACAGAUUCUCCCUGUACCAUGAUACACAAAAUAGAAACCUCAGGGUGUUCAUCAAACAUCUUGUACAGGACGACUCUGGGGACUACCAGUGUAGACCACACCAGUCUAGACCACACACAAACAACCUACAACUGGACCCUG